CUUCUGCAGGACCACCAUGCCUCCAUCUUCAACCUUAAAGAGUCUUCUUACCAUCUGUGUCCUCGCUGUCUGGGUUUCCAGCAUUGUAGAGAGUUAUAAAUGUACAAGCUGCUCUAUUAAUGCAUGUAGUGCUGACACGCGAAGAACGUGUGAAACCUCUCAAAGCUGCUUUGGAUAUAAGCAAGAAUUAAGGACAUCAGGGAAGCUCUUACAAUAUGUCGAGGAGAGAGGCUGUUCUUCCAGCAAGUGUGUCCCAAGGACCUUCUCAGCAACACUGGGCAAUAAUCAAACAUUUGGUUACAACCACCAAUGCUGCCAAGAUGAGCUCUGCAACCAACGGGACUUCCAAGUGCCUCAGAAGUCCUUACUACCCAAUGGCAUUAAGUGUCCUGCCUGCUACAAUGUGUAUGACAUUUCCUGUGACCCAGUUCUUCUUGACUGCACUGGUGCAGAGACAAAGUGUGUGGAAGUUAUUGGCAUAGAUGGCUAUAUAUUUAUGAUUUUUGCCAUGGGUUGUGCUACUGAAACAGCCUGCAAUUUGAAGAAUGUAACUAUAUUGAAUAACAUAAAAAUCCGUACUUACUGUAGAGAAAAAAGCAAUGGAAACCCUCACUGA